UAACUAACUAACUAGCCAUGCUAACUAUCCCACGGUGGCCGGGGAAAAUUUGAUUGGUGGAAAUCUCCCAACUCCUGUGAGGUUCCCCAUGGCAACUGCCGCUUUGCAAGGACCUGUUGUCCCAGGCUCAUGGGGAGACACACCACCCACAUCCAGAAAGGCUGGCCCUGUGGGCGUGGCCCCUGAGAGGCAGACUCUUGCGUGAAUGAGCUUUCAGCUGGUGUUAGAAAGAGCGGGUCAUUUAUCUUUUAUCAUCAUUAACCUCUCAGGUUAACGAGUAUUGCCUCUCCACUCUGGACAACAUCUGUCCUUUCAGAACCAGAUCAGUUCCUGCAGUAAACUCCCAGGCUCAAUUACAGCAUUUGCAGCCUGUGUAUGAAAACACGUCUCCCCGUCCACCUUCUGACAUCCGUUAACUCUGUAGUCAGAGAUGCGAGGGUUGUCUAUUACUCCAACCUGGUGUCGCAGAGACAAAGUCAGUAAGGUAAGAUCUAGCAUCUCUCUUUCAGCCUUAUCUCUCCCAACCCCAACCCGACCCAUGACCCUAGAAAGUUUAGCUCGUGUUUAUUUGCCUGAGCUAGCAUGCCCCUUCGACACUUUCCCCUCAUCUGUGUUUAAAAAUGACACCCCCACUGUGGGAUUAACCCUCUUAUUCCCGUAACCAACUCAUUGGAUCUCUAACUUUUUUCUUUACAUCAGCCUCUUUUGGUUGAGAGAUCGGUACCUCCCUGGGAAAUAAAUUCAUUAUUCUUCUCGUCUCUGGAUUAAAAGAUCUUAACACAAAAGCUUCUUCUCUUUCUUGUUUCAAAUCAUCUUCACUUUACUGCAGCCUUCUGAUGUGCCUGAGUGCAGCCAUUUUUUCAUCUACCUUUAAUAAUUUCUCGUCUGUUUUCUUUAGUUCCCCUGUCAUGUUUUCACAAAAACGCAUCUUUUCUUGAAUUAAAAUAUUAUAUCUAGCAUUAUCUUUUCCCAAUGCAGCCGGUUUUACCUCAUUACUUUGUGUUGAGGCGUCCUUCAAAGCUAGCUGACUCAUUUUAUGUAACUGGCUGAUCUUCCUUUCUCUAUUAGUCUCAGGUCUGUUCGGAGGUCGCUCAAUCUUAUUUGUGUCAAAAUCGCGUUUUUCUUUUAAUUUUCUGUAAACGCUCAGGUUGUCAUUUUCCUUUCUGAGCGCUGCUAUUCGACUGUCAUUCUCUAAAACGAGUUUAUUUAGAGUAGAAAUCUUUUGAUGGAGGAUUUUCAUUUCUGCAUCAUGUUUCAAGCCUCUCUGUUGCAUAUUUUCUGCAUGUUUGGCUUCUCGUAUUUUAUACUCAAAAGCAGAUUUUUCUCUAAAUGCUGAAAUUUCAUCUUUCACUUUCUGAAUUUCUCUCUCAGUUUGGCUUAUUUUGUUUUUCAACUCCCAGUUGUAUUCUUCUAUAUCGUAUUGCAUUUUAAAAUCGCGUCGAGUGCUCUGACCAACAAUGACUUGUAGUAAGAAAUGAUGUUCUCUGUAUGACGUAUCAAAGCUUAUGAUCACGUGCUUCUAUGAAGCGUUCUGAUCUGCCUUGCUGACGCUUGCUCAGAGGUUACUAGAGGUCGCAACGUUCUAAUUUGCAUAUUCAUGACGCAAUUGCGUUGGUUACGUGACAUUUGCGCCUGGUCACGUGAGUCGAGUAUGAGGAAAAUGAAAGUGUGAUUAUCGCACAAAUCUUUCGGCAAACGUGUUCUGCUGGAAAUACGCGGAUUAAUUGCUCGGGUUGCAGGCACGGAUCCCCGUUUCUGUCAACUUUGAUCUCAGCAGCUGGAGCGGGGAUAAAGACGCGCUUCUUCAGAUAAAAGUGGAUGAUGGCAGCAUCUCAGAAAUUCCUGCUGAGAGUUUACAGCACUACAGAUGUUGUUGUGAAGGUUUCUCUAACUAAGCGGCCUGAGUCAGUGGAAGAACUAAUCACCAUACUCCGGGAGAAGCUCAACCCAAGGCUGGACUUUGAGUUUACCUUACAAUACGAAGACCCUGACUUUGAUGGGCAACUUACCUGUCUACAUGAUAUUCAAGAGCUACUAGAGAAGAGCACAUUAAAAAUAGUGCGAUCCGAAAGUGAUGCCAGUUCUUGUGCAAGUUCUGACACAGACAUCCUUCCUCAUGUGCCUUUAGCUCAGCGUCUGAAGUGUUGGCCUGACACUUUCCCAGUACCUACCUUUUCUUACGAAGUCGAACAUGUCCUUGAGAAGGGAAAUAAAGCCUACGAGAUGUCUGGAAAGCAACUGAAAUUGACACGAGCCCAAAAGCACAACAUCUUGGAGACCAUGGCUUCAGUGAUGCACACCUUCAAAGCCUAUCCGAGUGACAGAGAUGUGUGUUUGGCAGCAAAAGCUCUUGUUACCACUCAUCCAUGUCUUAAUGAGCCUGGAAGUUAUGGUUGGAAGACCAGUUUAAAAUUUAAGAUGGGAAAUUACCGCACCAAGCUAGCCAGAGCCGGAUGCGCGGAGGUGUCCGUGAAUGCUGGUAGAAGGAGUAUCAACAACCCAGAAGGAGAGUAUCCCCACUCCAACAUAAAAAGAGCACGAAAAGCUGAGGUAAACUACCUCCCAAACUUUCCAAGAGGAGAAGAUAAGGCCAGUCUGGAGGAAUUGAGAGUCCAGAUAAAAAAUGAGGUUGAGAAGACCGAGCCCAACAAAGUAAUGAUUGAAAAACUGAUGCAAACAACCUUUGCACUGCGUCGCCAUGAGAUCGUUCAAGAAAACCCAAUGGUGAAGGACUUCUUAGAGAAAUGGCCAGCUCUGCGAUUUCACUCACAGGUUUGUGCGGAGUUCCACCGAGUCACAAACAUCAACCUGCAGAAACAGUUCUAUGCUGAACUUGACAGACACACACCACGACUUAUGGCUCUAUACAGACAGAAGGCCACAUGCACUGGCAAGAUAUCGGAGGCUCUGCGAAACUUUCUGAAUCAUUAUGAUCAUCAGGAAGCACCUGAUGUCGAUGUGAAACGGACUGCAGUGCUACGUGCCCUUCCAGUAUACCUGCGGGAGGAAGACCCAGAAUUCUUUAAGACAUGUGAUGCGGGCACGCUGGAUGAGACGAACCUGACUGACACUCCAGUUGCCCUUCUCACAGUGGUUGCUGACGGCUCUGCUGAGACCAGUCCAGUCCAUUUCAGUCCUUCAAGCAUGGCUGUUGUGGUGGAAGGCGACUUGGUGAUCCGUGAUAUUGCCAGAUUUGCUGAUGCAUAUGCCUUAUUGUUUGGCUUGAUCUAUGCUCUGCAUUUGGACUACCCCAGGAAACUAGUUCACACAUUCACCUUUGUCCAGAAAGUCUUCAUGGGGCUUGAUGAUGGCAAACCACUGAAACCCAGCCUUCAUGCUCUUAGAAAUGAUUUGUUACAGAGUGAGUAGUUAUGAAAGAUAUGCAAGGCAACUGGUUGUUAGGACAGGCACACUGUUACUGAGCACCUUCUUUGAAGUAUUUUAUUUAAAGCACUUUUAAGUUUUCUACAGGCUUUGGGUGGAUGUAAUUCCCAUCAGUUUACCUCAUUUUUUUUAUACAAGGUUAUUUGGGUGCCGAUAAACAUUAUUUGAACCUGUUAAAAAAUAUUUAUUUUAUUUAAUUUUUGUUUAUUUAAAAAAAUCUCUUUUGUGUUUGACCUUUUGUUUUUCAUUUUUAUAUAUUAGAAGAAAGAUGACUUUUAGGACUGAUGUUCUUUUAUGAUUUUAUAAAAAUGUUAUUAAAUGUUAUUAGCAGCAUUUUGUACGCUCACUUGUGCUCCAGUCCAUGUCAGUGGUUCCAUGUUGAUGGUUUAUAAAAAAAAACAUUUAUGUGAUGUUUUUCACAAGUCCAUAAAAAUGUUAAUAAACAAAAUGUUAAGU